AGAUUUCAUUUCAGUGAGGGAGAGAAUAAAUGGUGAAGCAAACUCAUGUUUUGGUGCUACCAUGGCCAGCACAAGGUCAUGUUAUGCCAAUGAUGCAAGUUUCACAAAAAAUAGUUGAUCACGGAGUCCAAGUUACAUUUGCUAUUACAGAAUCUUUACACAAACAGUUACUUGCGAAUUUAUCAUCUUCGUCGAAAGAAGGGGUUCGCAAUGAUCUUAAUCGAAUCCGUAUAGUCUCGAGACCUGAAGGAUUAGAGUACCAAAACCAGGAAAAGGCUUCAGAUUAUUUGGAAGAAUUAGUUAUGAAGAUUAAUGGUGGUAACAACGGUGAAGAGAAGGUAAGUUGUGUUAUAGCUGAUGCUGGUGUAUAUUGGGCUUAUGAACCUGCUAAGAAAAUGGGAUUAAAAAUUGCAAUGUUUUGCCCCACGUCUUUGGCUGUCACGGCAAUGACACUGCACAUUCCGAAGCUGAUCGAGGCGGGUAUUAUAGAUGAGAAUGGAACACCAUUAAAACAGGAAAUGAUCAAGAUAUCUCCUGCAUUACCUGAAAUAAACAUUGACGACUUCCUUUGGAUUCGCACCUACGACCAAGGCAUGGGUAAACUUCUCUUUCACAUGGGCUUCAGUAUCAGCAAAUCUAUAAAGCUUGCAGACUGGGUUCUCUGCAACUCAUUUGACAAACUCGAGCCUGCUGCUUGUGAUAUACUGCCAUACAUACGAACAAUUGGUCCAUUGGUCGGAAGUAGCGAGGUCAAUCAAACCAUGGGGCAGUUUUGGGCGGAGGAUUCAACUUGCUUAACCUGGCUUGAUUCGCGACCUGUUAAUUCAGUUAUAUACAUUGCUUUCGGCAGUAUCACAACCUUAAACAGGGAUCAAUUCAGUGAACUAGUACACGGCCUAGAUCUCACAGGUCGACAGUUUUUAUUGGUGGUUCGAUCUGAUAUGACUGACGCCACCGUUGCAUACCCUGAUGGUUUUACAGAGAAAGGAAAGAUCGUAAAUUGGUCACCUCAAAGGGAAGUUUUGGCUCACUCUUCUGUUGCUUGUUUUAUGACACACUGUGGAUGGAACUCAACUAUGGAUGGUUUAAGGUUUGGAAUUCCGUUUCUAUGUUGGCCCUACUUUGCUGAUCAGAUCCAUAACACCACAUAUAUAUGUGAUGUAUGGAAAACUGGACUGAGGUUAAACAAAGAUGGAAAUGGGAUUGUAUCAAGAAAUGAAAUUAAGAGUAGGGUGGAAGAACUGAUAGCUGAUGAAGGAAUACAGACAAGGGUUGCAGAAUUGAAGAAAUUGUCUAUGGAGAGUGCGAGUGAAGGUGGAUCUUCAUCAAAGAAUUUCUUCAACUUUGUUGAAGCUCUAAAGUGUCAAGGCAAGUGUGGUGUCACAGCUGCACCCAAAUAAUUUUGUUAUAAGAUAAGCAGUUUGAAUUAGCAUUAUUUCUGUGUUCUAGCUGUGCAACUAAAUAAGGUGGUUUAUGCUUUUGUGGUUCACUCAAACUCAAAAAUCUGACUCGGGUCUGAGUCAAAUUGCAAAGCUUUUGACAUAUUAUAUGGUCACCGGCCACCGCCAGCAACACUAAUUCCAGCGUAAACAAUCAAGAUGACAUAACACAAAAUUGAUCUUCACAAAGAAUAUAUCAUGUAAUCAAUCUCUUGGUUUAGCUAUUCAUGGUUUUUCAAGUAAAUCCACAAAGCAAAGACAAACAGGUACAAAUAUUGUGAACUUAAUUCAGGCACAAAAGAUUCCUUGUUGUGGUUACAACUAGAAGAGAAUCAUUUAUAGACAAUUUACACACUUUCAAGAUGAUUGAAACAAUCCUGACCCUUGACGUGGUUAGUUGUGUUCCAGUGUAUGUUAAGUUUCUAAUUAUAGAAUUGU